ACAUCGACUACUCGGCGACAAGUCACCUCCCUCGCCUGCAACGAAUGCCGACGCGUCAAGUGCAAGUGCGACGGGGAGCGGCCGACGUGCGGCCUGUGCGAGCGCAAGGGACUGGUCUGCGACUACGAUGUAGGCCCUCGAGGUCGGACUGCCCUCAUGGCGCUCCGGCACCAGUACUCGCUGCUCGAGACCGAGAACAACCAGCUCCGCGAGCUCCUCCGGCUGAUUGCAACACUGCCACCGACCGAUGCGUCCGAAGUGCUCGGGCGCCUCAGGACCAACGAGGACCCGUUGCGCGUGCUGCAGAUGGUCCAGGCGGCGAGGCUG